AUGAGGCUCCAAAUCGCGGUCCAGCUAAGCCUCGGAGGAUAUCGACUGGUGCCGCCGUUCCUGAAGCACCCGAACGCGAAGACCGCAACGUUCGGGAACGUGAAGAAGAACGGGGAUGUCUUCAUAAGCGACUACGGGGUCACCGAGGGGGCCUAUAUAGAGUUUGCCAUCGCGAUAGUUGAUGAUAACGGACAGAGGAGGACGCAGCUCAGGGCCCGAGACCUGCGGCUGGCGAACUACAUGGCAUGGACGGGAAAGGAAGACGCGAAAGACCUGAAGGUCAUCUUCUUCAACAAAGUCGAGGAACCAGGUGCUAGACAGGCGACCAAGGCAGCCUUCAGAGCUAGAGGCGGGUCUGGCGCCCUUCACAGCCAGAGUCAUGUGGACGGUAAUAACUAUUCCCGUGAUCGGGACUAUGAAUCUCAGGAGAUAACGGGAUUCGAGCCGGGCGAGAUAGGGUGGGCUGAGCUCAUGACUAACAACCGUCUUCUCGGGGGAGUCCAAGGGUCGUUGCAUGAAUACGCAGGCAUAUACGGGAGCGCCAGUAUCCAAAAGGUCGAUACCGUCGUUUACAAAGGCGGGUCACAUGACUUGCCGGACGAGGAUGGUGACGACGCUGUACUCAUGUACGUGACUUACCUGAAGCGAUAA